AAUGAUUAAUUUACACUCAGAUUCUAAACAAACAAUCUAGUAAUAAGAUUAAGAAGUUUAUUAAUUAAUUGAGAAAGAAAAGGAUUUACAAUAAAAUAGUAUAAAUUUAAUUCCUAGUGAAAAUUAUACAUCUAGAGCAGUAGCUGAAGCAUUAUCAUGUGUAUUUAGUUCUAGAUAUGCUCCAGGUAAUAUUUAAUAUAUUUUAUUACAAUAGGUCCUUAAGGAAGCAAAUAUGCACCUCAAGUAGAAAAUUAUGAUGAUAUGGAAAAACUAUGUCAAGAUAGAGCAUUGGCAGCAUUUUAAUUAGAUUCUUAAUAAUGGGGAGUUAAUGUAUAGAUGGGAAGUGGAUCUACUGCUAAUUUAGCUAUAUUUUUAGGUUUAUUGGAACCAAAGGAUAGAAUAAUGAGUAUGGAAUUUUAAUAAGGUGGACACUUUUCUCAUGGUUAUUAGGUAGGAGAAAAGAAAUUAUCUGCUGUUAGUAAAAUAUUUGAAGUCUUAUUUUAUUAACUUAAUGAAGUAAAUAGUGUGAUUUAAUCUUUUAGAAAACAUAAGAAAUUGAUUAUGAUAAAAUUGAAUUAUUAGCUAAAUCAUUUAAACCAAAAUUAAUUGUUGCUGGUUGUUCAGCAUAUAGCAAAUUAAUCAAUUAUGAAAGAUUUAGAAAUAUUUGUGAUUAAGUUGGAGCUAUUUUAUUAGCAGAUAUAGCUCAUGUAAGUGGUUUAAUGUCUGCAGGAGUUAUUCCAUCUCCAUUCCCUUUUGCAGAUGUUGUAAUGACUACUACUCAUAAAUCGUAUAAUUCCUUUUUUUUUAAGAUAGUUUACGAGGACCUAGAGGCAGUUUAAUUUAUUAUAAAUUAUAAUAUAAAAAUAGAAUAGAUGAAUCUGUUGCCCCAGGAUUAGUAGCUGGAGCACAUUUUCAUACAAUUACUGCUAUUGCUGUGGCAUUAAAAGAAGCUUAAUCUCCAUCAUUUAAAUAACUAUAGUAGUAAGUUUUAGAUAAUAAUAAACAUUUUGCAGCAGAAUUUUAGAGAUUAGGAUUUGGUUUGAUUGCAGGAGGAACUGAAAAUCACUUAAUUUUAUUAGACUUAAGAAAUUUAAAUGUUGAUGCUGUUAAAAUGGAAUAUAUCUUAAGUUUAAUUAAUAUAUAAUGUAAUAAAAACUUUGUUCCUUUUGAUACAGUUCCAUAUCAAAGAGCAUUAAGAAUAGGGUAUUUUAUAUUAUUAAUAAAUAGAUCAAUACCAUUGUCAGUUAGAUAAGCUACUAAAGAACAUUUCACAAGAAUAGCUGAAAUCAUAAAAUAAUCAGUCGAAUUGGUUUAGACUGUUACAGUUGACAUAAAAUAAUGGGCAACAGAAAAUUAGGAUAAAUGGAUGCCUCUAAAAUAAAAAGUUAUUGAAUUGGCUAAUGAGUUGCCAAUUCCUUGGAUGUGAUA